AUGACGGGCUACGCCCGCGGCGAGGCCGAUUUUGCCGCUGACCGCUUCCGGCGGGAUACCCGGCCCGCCUCGCUGGCUCCAAAGGAUUACUCGGUGCCUUUACACGUAGACUGCAGUAUCGAAUACGAGCUUCCCGACUGUGCCAAGCCGCCGCAGGGCGUCAAGAUCGAGCCGUUGCUCAUGAUCCACCCCUCGCAUUUCCGGAGGCUCGAAAGCCUAAGACGUGUGCCGUUCGUGAAUAAUCUGCCACGGACGGAGGGCGCGGUGCCGGCGGGCGGCGGGCUGGGUCCCACGCCAGCGGCAGCCGCACCGGACGCCCGAAGCCGUGGCCGCCAAGCGAGACGCUGUUGCCGCGCGGCACCUGCCCCACCAGUACCGCCGCCCCAACCAGCUGCAGCCCAGAGAGCACGCUUACCCGAAGAUGCGCGCCGCUACAGGCUUGAGUAUCUAACGGAAGGCAGCAAGCUAUCCCGCGGCCGGCUAAAGGCGCACCCAUACCUGCCGCCCGAGGCGCUGGACUGUGAUAUCCGGGCGCUGCCGCCCCCAGCGCACUACGAGCGCUUCGACAAGCGAGCGCUGCAGCAGCUGCCGAUCUACAUGUAG